AUGGCUUCUCUUGUCCCCGAGGCCGGGCUGUCUCUCUGGCGUGGAGACCAGCCGGGUAACCUCUCGCCAGACCCUCAUGCCAAACAAACUCAGAUAAUGCGUUUGAACCUCACUCAAAGCACCUUGGACGAACUGGUGGAAAGCCUUCGCAACGAUCAAAAAGCUCGAUUACGUCUUGGGAAACACCAAACUCUCUACUACGGCUCCAAGUCCCACCAAUUUCACUCCCACCUCGAACCUCAUCGCUCCGAAUUGUACAAGACCUCCCCCACCGAUAAAGAAAACCUCUACUUCUCGGGCGUGCUCAGUCACAGCCUCGAGGUUCAAAAGGCAAAAGAAGCAACGGCUGCCACCGACGAAGCCCUAGCAAACCUCGAACAGAGUCUCAGUGCCUUUGAACGAGGCAAGGAGUCGAAGAAGACGCAACUCGUCAACCUCAAGCCUGGCGAUCAAAGGUCUCGCUCCAAGGUUCCCUUGAGCAAGAUUGAUCUUGACAAAGAACGUUUCUUCAAAAAUCGCUCCAUCUCUGGCAGUCCCUCACUCGGAGCUAUUCGAUCACCCGCAUCAUCUCUCCCCGCUCUCACUCCCACCUCAGUUCCUUCGUCCCAGAACAAACGAAAGAUCCGACUCGAAGCGUUGAAAACACCGUUCAUCCACCUUCUCGCAGUCACUCCGGUUUCAGUCAAGUACCUCGCUCAAACGACUCGCUCGUCGCAGGAAGACUGCCUCGAAUUGGCCAGGAAGUACGGCGUUGAAAACCGAAUUGACCCUUCGAAGUUCAAUCUGAAGGAUAAAUGUUACAAGGAAUUAGAUAUCUGGAACUUCCCAUAUCCAAGCGAAUCUGAUCGCACCUCUGCAAUUGAAAACGCAAUUUCAGCGUUUGAUCGGCAGCGGAUAUCACCUUCAGACAAGCUGUGGCAGAUGCUGAAUUCAAAAGAAGAGCGAGCAAAAGGAGUUUGCAAAUCGCGCUUGAAGCUUCAAACCGGACCUCCACCUAUUAAAGUGCACGCAUCGGAGGAAACAAGCAAAGAAGGGUACAUGACUGGCAACGAGACUGACCGAACCAACGGGCGAUUGACCCCGAACGGUGACAGCACUACAUCCAAGCCAGCACCAAAGAAGAUGGCGACCACCAAAUCCAAGAAUACCACCCUCACUGGGCGAGUCACAAAAAAGACAGAGAAGAAGGCUCCUGCAAAACCCACGGGCAAGUUCAAAUCUGCCGAGUUUGUGCAUGAUUCAGACGAGGACACGGACAUUCCAGACGCUCCUCCUGUUCGUCCACCUCCACCAGCAGCGAAAAAGGCACCAGCCGCGAGCUCUACGGAAGCCAAGAAAGCACCAGCCAAACCAGUAGCGGACAACAAACCUGCGAAAGCGGCUUCCAAACCCAGUUCCGUCACUCACUCGCCAACAGUCAAACCCCAGAUUACGUUGAAGCCUCAGCCGCGAACUAUCAAAACCAUUCCGGCCAGCAGCGCUAAUGGAACUGGUUCCAAGACAUUACCUGGAUCUCGAGCAACAAAGCCUACUUCUCCAGUCAAAAAGUCUCCAUUGGCGUCCUCCCCACCGACAAAUGCGUCUGAUAUUGACAACUCUAGCCAAAACUCCGGGCAGACGAGCUCAUCUAGUUCAUCACCUCUUAUGGCACAAAUGGCGAAACAGAACAAAGCGAAAUAUACGGUUACUACGACCGCUACCAAGCCAAGGGCCCCUGCUGCGAAGCCUAAUGGUACGGUGAAGCCUGCAGUCGAGCAAGCGAACCCUUUGAAACGCAAGGCUUUACCUGAACCGAUGCCAACCGGUCGCAUUAACCGCAAUGGGGACGAUAUCAAACGUCGCCGACCGAUUGAGUCUAUGUCACCGAGUGGGACGAGUUCGGGUAGUGCGUCGCCUCCACUCAACCGCGAGCACCUUCGUCAACAACUACGGCAGAAAUCGAUGGAAUUCAAGAAGCUAUACUCAAAGUAUAGAGCUCUUCACGACUCUUUGGUGAAUCAACUCAAUCCCAUGCCAUCGGAUCUUACACGCUUGAAACAAAUGCAUGCUCGAGUACAGCGGACGAAGAAAGAAAUCUGGGACGAAGACCGACGACUGCGGAGGUAGUCCUACAAGCUGGCUUGUUGAUCUUUCUCAGCUGAUAUCAUUCUGAUUCUUUGGUCUCAUUUAUUGCUUUACAUGGUAAACAAAAGUGAUUUCCAGUAAGAGCAUCAAUCCAUCGCUCCAAAAACAGUAGAGGGAUCGGAACAUUGCAUUUGAAUUGUACAUAUUUAUGCAUUUUGUUUCUUCUUUUGGUUUGAACUAGAAAAGGAAACAUAGGAGUUUGAAUUUAACUAGCAUUAUCUUGCUUCAACACCACCGUUCUUAUUCGUUGUC